UAACAGAAGAAAUGUUGCACAAAUUUCCCAUGCCAGGUUGGGGCAAAUGGUUGGUGUUGCGAUGCCGGCAUGUUGUUGUUAGUUGGUCGUCGUCGUCUUCUUCUGCUUCUAUUCUGCCAGUCAGUCAGCCAGUGUGUUAGCAAACCAAGUGGAUGAGUGGAUGAAUGGGUGUGGGGGCAGGCGACAAAAAUUGCACGCACUUGAAAGCAAAAAAUCUUCUUCAUGCGGCACAACAGCACAGAUGGCAAAGUCAGUCGUUACCAAACUGCCGGUUCUUCAAAUUGUUGACUGCGGAAAAUAGCGGACGCGAAAAACCAUUUCAUGUGUGGCGAAAAUCAUCGUAACGUGGGAAAAUUAUAACAACAAAGACGAAAAAAAAAACAUAGCGUCUUCUUAACAACGACGCCCGCGUGUAGAACCCUUAAAGAUAUGAAGAAUGAAAAAAAUGUACGCUAAGAAUUUUUCAAGUGCUGCUCAGUGCCACGGUUGAUUAUUGCCUCGGGUCCUAAUGUUGGGUGCUGCUAAUGAUGAAAUGCUCGAGAUUUUAUGAAAAUAAACAAAUAUAAUUAUUGCCGAGAAAACAAAACGCGUGAAAUGAAAAAUAUUUUUCUUUAGUUGUUUUUGUUUUUUCUUUUGCAAAUGAAAAGUGAAAAUAAACACUCGAGGGUGUGAAUGAGCUACCAUUAAUGGCCAAUAAUUAAAAAUAAAAAAAAAAUAAUAUUUAUUAAUAUUGAAAUUGAAAUUCAAAUAUAAAUUACAAAUACAAAAAGCUUUCAAAAUAGCCGCAAUUAAUCGCUAACGGCCAGUUUCGUGGAAGUAAUUGAGGAAAAGAAUUACAAAAAAAAGAAGGAGUUUGAGAUUGGAAAAAUUCUUUUAAAGAAAAAAUAUAUAUAUUGUGCAAUAAAUAUUUAACAUAUAAAUAAAGUAUUGCAAAGUUCAUGAAGGAAAUUUGAUAAUUCCAUUAGAGAGAGGGUGGAAAAAUAUUGUAAUUUUAAGAUUCAAAAACCGUUACAGAUUUUCAUUGUGUUUACAAUUCCACUGAAAGGACAUUUUUGAUCCCUGGCAGUGAGGCCGACCUCCACAGGAAGCUGUUCGUAUUGGCAACAUUGUAACACUUGUAGCCUCACAGUAGAUUGUGUGUAGCAGUGGAUGUGUGUGUUCGUGUGCGUUCGCGCGUUUGUGUCUUGGCGUAUCCUAUUUAUUAGCUCGUACUAAAAAUCUCCUUGCAUAAUACAAAAAUAAACAAGAGCUUUAGCUGAACAAAGGAAAAGAAAAACUUCAUCAACACACAACAUUACAAGCCAACGGCCAAGGAUAAUGUCAUAAAUCCCUUUUUAAUACGCACCAAGAGAGGAAGCGAGAAAAGAAAGAAAUAGAAGAAAAACAAGACUAUUAAAGCGUCACUUUGCCACUAGGCCCCAUCAAAAUGAAUAUUUAAAGAGGCUAGAAUCCAGAAAAAAAUAUACCAACUCGUUAAAAAGUUUAGAAAAAAAUCAUAAACUUAUGGAUGAGUUUAUGUUCCAAACCAAUAUCCUUGUUAAUAAUCAGGCAUUCUCUUAACCGGAAAUACUCUGAUGUUUGCCUGAUUAUCAGCCAUCCGUUAUGAAUAAAUUUAGCCCCAAUACUUCCGCCCUAAUGCAAGCGAGUAGCAUGACUCUGCUAACCACUGAAAUUGGUGAGAUAAAUGGUGAUAAUGGUGGUGCCGUGGAGAAUGAGGCCGAUAUCGAAAUUACAGACCCACAACCGGAUCCAAUAGAAAAGCUGAGAACUGAAUGUUGGGAUCGACUUAAUCACACAUCAACACAAUAUGAAACAGGAAAAUACUGUCCAGGCACAUUUGAUGGCUGGCUUUGUUGGCCGGAUACCCCAGCUGGAAAGACGGCAUAUGAACGAUGUCCAGACUUUAUAGUUGGCUUCGAUCCAGCAAGAUAUGCCCAUAAGGAGUGUGAAAUAAAUGGCGAAUGGUAUAAACAUCCACUAACCAAUAGAUCAUGGUCUAAUUAUACCACCUGUGUAAAUAUCGAUGACUUUGAGUGGCAAAAAAGUGUAAAUUUGAUGUAUGAAAUUGGCUAUGGCAUUUCGUUAAUUGCCAUCCUCCUGUCAUUGGCCAUCCUCUGCUAUUUCAAAUCUUUAAAAUGUGCCCGCAUUACCCUGCACAUGAAUCUGUUUUCAUCGUUUGCUGCCAAUAACUCUCUGUGGUUAGUCUGGUAUCUGGUUGUGGUGCCCAAUGAUGCUCUCGUCAAAAAUAGUCCGCCCCCCUGUGUGGGUCUCCACAUAAUCCUGCAUUACUUCCUCCUAACCAACUACUCAUGGAUGUUGUGCGAAGGCUUCUAUCUCCAUACGGUGCUGGUGUCGGCCUUCAUAUCAGAAAAGAAGCUGGUUAAGUGGUUGAUAGCAUUCGGCUGGGGCUCACCGGCAAUUGUGAUUACCGUCUAUGGACUGGUGCGCGGUCUAAUUGGUACGGCUCAGGAAAAUACACAUUGUUGGAUGGAUGACAAAAAUUAUCGUGCCAUUCUCGUGGUACCUGUCUGCAUUUCAAUAUUCCUUAAUUUACUAUUUCUCUGCAACAUUGUCCGGGUGGUGCUACUCAAACUGAAGGCACCUGCAUCGCUGCAGAACAGCUGUGGUCCCUCGCGGCCGGUGAUACAGGCAUUUCGGGCCACCUUAUUGCUUGUCCCAUUGCUGGGUCUACAAUACAUUGUGACACCAUUCCAUCCGGAUCCUGGACAUCCUUUGGAACAUACAUAUGAAAUAAUAUCUGCAUUUACUGCUUCAUUUCAGGGUCUCUGCGUGGCCACACUGUUUUGCUUCUGCAACGGUGAAGUUAUUGCCCAAGUGAAGCGACGCUGGCGUACUGCAUUCCUCAGCAAUCGACCUCGGGCCAAUUCCUACACAGCCACUCAGGUCUCGUUCGUACGCUGCGGUCCCGCCCUGCCCGGCGAGGAGAAGGUAUGACUAAAAGAGAUGUCGUCAUUGGCUGGCAAAAGACGUGCAUCGAGUGCCGUGUCGUCCUCGGUGAGUGGUGAAGGACACCAGCGUCAUAAUCAACGUCAAAGAUCUCACAGUAGUGCCACGCAUCAGCAAACGGCGAACUUUGGACAUUCUCCGGCAUCCGGGCAUCAGCAGCCACAACGGGUACCUCAUCGGAGUGGCGGUGGUGGUGGCCUUUUGAAUGGCUUGAGAAAUGUGCACAUUUUCCGUCGUCGCAGCACCGUGGAUAACUCACGAAUACGCCAGCCAUUGAUGGAAGAGUCCCAGGCCAUGUCGGUAACGCCACAACAUCAACAACAUCAUCCGCAUAGCCUGAAUCCAACAGCAGCAGCAACAACAACGAAUGCAAAUGCCACUGAUGUUUUAAUGGAAAUGACAACAGACAUUAAUGCCGCCAACACAGCCACGCCAAUUGCCAGCACCACCAUUGAGGAGGAAAUGGACGAUGCCAUUGAGGGUGUGGAUGAUGUGGCUGCAACUGCUGCCAUGGAAAUAGGUAGCAGAUGUCUGACAACGACAUCAUGUCCAGCCUCGAAGGAAAACGAAAAAUGUAUUCUAAACAAAAUGCCAAUGACGACAUCUCAUGAAAAUUUUACUACCAAUACAACGACUGCUUUGGUUGCAAACACAACAACAACAAUGGCGACAGCACCCGCAACAACACUAACAACAAUGCCAUCAGCAAUAUCCCAUUUAACCUCAUUGCCGAGAUGUACCAGCACUGCAACGUCGGCAGUGGCCUCUAUCAAUGGCAAUACAAUCAACAACAAUUUAACUCAGCCAUUGACACUCCCAGCUUCCUGCCAUUCGAAAAUAUACACCACAGCACCUACCACAAUAUCCUUUGGCAGUGAGAGAAAUGAAGCCAUCAGCAUUGAGUCCAAUGCAGGUCAGGCAUCCACCACCAAUACCACAACAAAUAGAAACAAUUUAAAUUUACUUGGCUCCACUUUGAUCGAUGAAUCCCUUUAGAUAUAUCCUUAGAAAGGACUUUUGUCAACCCCUCCACCCCCAAUACCCUGCAUCUCCAAGAAAAUUUUCAUUAUCAAAUGACUUAAAGGAAUAUCAUGGAAAUUUCUUGCAUAAAACUCAAGCACCUCAUCCAAAAAAUUACCCACCAAACAAACAAACACCUAAACACGCAACCACCCACCCACCUGGCACUAACCAAACCUAACCUAAAAAACAAAAAUAUCGUAAUUAAAUAAAACUGUAAAGCGGUUAUCAGAAUUGUAAGAGAUUCCUUGUAAUCUUAAAAACAAAAAACUCAUUUUCACAAUUUUUUAAAAAUGAAACGCCCAGAGACAACCAAACAAACCGAAGUAGUUGCAAACUUUUAAUGAACACCCUGUAAAUCGAUCUUUACUCUUAGCAGAUAUUCAAUUUUAGGUUAAACGUUUCAAACUCAGUUUUUAGUUUAAGUUAAGAUAUACUUUCUUUUUGUAUUGUUUUUUUUUUUAAGUAUAAAAUUUUGAACUUGGUACAAGUAACUUUUAAACUCAUCCUAAAUUAAGUGCAGAUGUAUGUAACGAUGUAUGUAUAUGUGUAUUUGUGUAAAUAUUUG